AUGGAAGAACUUGGAAUGCAAGAAAGACUUGACGAGGCAAUUUACCUAAUUGAAAUUAACAACUGCGUAAAAGACUACUUGCGCAAGGUCAUGAAGCCCAAGGUCAAGUUCACCACUAUUUCUGGAAGGGCUGCCUUGAAUCUCGAGACUUCGACUGGAAUUCCAAUUCAAAUACCAGACGGGACAGCCUACGAUGGCAUAAAGCAAGCAAAGAAAGAAGCUCUUCUCAAGUUCUUUGCAAAGCGCCCAUGGAUACAACUUCCAAACAGAGAGAGUCCAAUUCCACGAAUUAUACAAAUUCUCAGAGCACUGUUCCACUUCUCAGGACAACCGUUCUUCAUAACCUGUGAAGGCGACAUCCAACCAGUUCAGUAA